AUGACUUGGCUCCUUUACUCAACAUUAUUUGCAGCAUUGCUGUUGAAUUCUCAUGCAGCCAAUGCCAACGAGAGAAAAGUUCACAUUGUGUACAUGGGAGACAGGCCCAAGGGAGAUUUUUCUGCUAAAGCAACCCAUCAUUCUAUGCUUACAAGCGUCCUUGGAAGGUCUUCAUCAGCCCAAGAAUCCCUAGUCUAUAGUUAUGGUAACUUCAAUGCAUUUGCAGCUAAGCUAACUGAGGAAGAAGUUCAAAAGUUCUCAGAGAUGGAUGGAGUAGUUAGAGUGAUUCCAAACCAUAUACUAAAGCUUCAUACUACAAGGUCGUGGGACUUCCUUGGUCUCAGCCAGACCAAUGUGGGAGCCCAGCUACAAGGUGAUGUUGUCAUUGGGCUCCUUGAUACAGGCAUCUGGCCCGAGCAUGAGAGCUUCAAUGACCAAGGACUUGGUGCUCCACCUUCCAAAUGGAAAGGAACAUGUCAAGGGGCCAACUUUACCUGCAAUAACAAGAUCAUUGGAGGCCGUUACUACAACAGUGAGAACUGGUACUAUGAAGGUGACUUGAAGUCUCCUAGAGACUCUGAGGGGCAUGGGACCCAUACAUCCUCAACUGCAGCCGGUGACAGGGUGCCCGGAGCAAGCUACUAUGGACUAGCUAAUGGAACCGCAAGGGGUGGGGUCCCUGGUGCAAGGAUUGCCAUGUACAAGGUUUGCUGGUCCUUUGGUUGUGGAGCUGCUGAUAUCCUUGCAGCAUUCGACGAUGCCAUAGCCGAUGGUGUCGAUAUAAUAUCAGUGUCCCUCGGUUCAGUGUUUCCAGUACCUUAUGAUGUAGACCCUAUAGCCAUUGGCGCUUUCCAUGCCAUGAAAUAUGGUAUAUUGACAUCAAGUUCUGCUGGUAAUUCUGGACCAUGGCCAUAUUCAGUUUCUAAUUAUGCGCCUUGGACAUUGACUGUUGCUGCGAGCACCAUUGACCGAAAAUUUGUUGCCAAAGCAGUACUUGGCAAUGGGAAAGCUUUCACUGGACUUUCCAUUAACAGCUUUGAACUUUAUGGAAAAACAUAUCCCUUGAUUUGGGGAGGAGACGCUGCCAACUACUCUGCAGGCGCCAGCCAAGAUCUUUCAAAAUAUUGUAUCACUGGUUCCAUGAAUUCCUACAAAGUGGAAGGCAAGAUUGUUUUCUGUGAAGUACUUUGGGAUGGUACUGGCGUUCUUCUAGCAAACGGCGUGGGCACCAUAAUGGCUGAUGACGAAAUAACAGACUUUGCUUUCAAUUACCCAUUGCCAGCAACACAAAUAAGCACAUCUGACGGUGAAAAGAUUUUGGACUAUAUCAAAACAACAGAGAAUCCGAUUGCAACUAUUCUGCUCGGAGAAACAUUGACAGAUUACAUGGCACCAUAUGUCGUGUCAUUCUCUUCCAGGGGACCUAACCCUAUAACUCCAGACAUUCUUAAGCCUGAUCUCACUGCCCCUGGUGUUGAUAUCCUCGCUGCCUGGUCUCCAAUUGCACCACCUUCCAUUGACUGGGAAGACCCCAGAAGCGUAGACUAUAACAUAAUAUCUGGGACAUCCAUGUCUUGUCCUCAUGCUAGUGGUGCUGCCGCCUAUGUGAAGGCUGCCCACCCUGACUGGUCCCCGGCUGCCGUCAAAUCUGCCCUUAUGACUACAGCAACUGUGGUAGAUCCAAACAAGCACGAAGACCUUGAAUUUGCUUAUGGAUCAGGACAGAUCAACCCAACACAAGCAAUUAAACCUGGGCUCGUCUACGAUGCAAAUGAAACCGAUUACAUUAGCUUCCUCUGCAAGCAAGGUUACAACACCACAACUGUAAGACUCAUCACUGGCGACAACAGCAGUGUAUGUGGCAACACAUUGAACGGAAGAGCCUGGGAUCUUAACUACCCUUCAUUCUCUCUGGCUGUCGAAGAUGGCAAGCAAAUCGACGGCAUAUUUACGAGGACAGUCACGAAUGUGGGUUCAGCAAACUCAACCUACACUGUUCAGAUGUACUCUCCUCCCGAAUUUUCCAUCAGUGUGGAACCAGAAGUACUGUCAUUCUCAACUAUUGGAGAAAAGAAAUCAUUCACAGUGAAAGUUGGCGGUGGAUUCAUUUCACAGCAAAAGAUCACAUCAGGUGCAAUCAUAUGGACGGAUGAAUCAGAGCAAUAUCGAGUACGGAGCCCAGUUGUGGUGUAUAAUGUUUUACCUGGUUAUACUUUCUUCCCUCCACAAACAUCAAAGUUCCAGAAGAAACCAACAACAUUCCAUGGUCCUACUACUCCUUCCAUGCAUCACAAGAAUGGAUUCCUUGGACGCAACUAA